AUGGAUGUGGAGGAUAUUAUCCGCUGCAUCAAAGAGGGGGACGAGGAUGGCAUUCGAGUACAGCUGCUACACUUCAACAGAGAGUUUGCACAGUGCUUCUUCUAUGAUACGGAGGAGCAGGAGAGAAGAAGGCACCUGACGGCGGUGCUGAGCCAUUACAUCCGCUCCGAGCCCCCCGGCCGGAUCCUGCGAGCAUGCCUGCUCGCGCUACGGAUCCUCUCCAGAGACAAAAAGAUCCUGGGACCCCUGGUGACCGACGACUCGCUGCUCACGCUGGCUAAGCUCGGGGGGGUCAGCAGUGGGGAGGAAGAGGAGGAGGAGGAAGAGGACGGGGUCGCAGAGGACAUGCAGAGGAAGGAGGCCAUGAAGGUGCUGUGUAAUGUGGUCUACAACAGCGUCUGGGCACAGGAGAGAGCCAGCGAGCUCAGGCUCCUGUCAGGUGUGACAGAUGCGUUGGGGAUGGAGGCCAAGUCACUGUCGCCCCACUGUGGCCAGUUCUAUGAACUGCGCCUCAUGUUCCUCCUGACGGCUUUGAGGGCGGAACUCAGAAUUCAGCUGAAACAGGAGGGAGGACUGCCCCUGCUGAUAAACCUACUGGAGCAGUGUCUGGGCGUGCAGUGGGUUGAUGAGCAGCACGUCCUGCGGGACCCUACGGCGCCCCCUGUGCCCAUGGAGGCCACACAGCGAGCCAUGGAGACGCUGAAGAUCCUCUUCAACAUCACCUACAGUGCCCACACCCAGAUACCCAGCGAGGACGACAUGGUGCUGUAUCGGCAACUGGCGGCCAUGUUGGGCCACUGUCUCAUGAUGGACUGCGAGGGAGGAGAGAAGGAGACAGAUGAUCUCAAAGGACACACCAUUAAUCUGUUGUCUGCGUUGCCCCUCGGCUGUCUGGAGGUCCUGGUCUCUGCUCCUCUCACGCCAGACUCUGUGGAGUGGGAAGGUGUCAACAUGGACUAUGUCCACGCACUGCUGUGCUACAUGGAGCGCAAACUGGAGAAGGGCCUCAAGAUGAAGGAGAAGUUGACUCCAGCCCUCAACUUCCUGACUGAGUGCAGCAGAGCUCACAGGCAGACACGUCGCUACCUUAGACAGCAGGUGCUGCCAGCCCUGAAGGACGUGAGUCUGCGCCCGGAGCAUGGAGACACCCUGAAGAGUCGCCUGGUUCGCCUCAUGACACACGUGGACACUGAACUCAAGCACUGCGCCGCCGACUUCCUGUUUGUCCUCUGCAAAGAGAACGUGGGUCGCUUCGUGAAGUACACGGGCUACGGCAACGCGGCUGGUCUCCUAGCGACGCGGGGGCUGCUGGGUGGCCAGUCCAUGAUGUGUUGCGCAGCGUCCGCCCACUACUCCGACGACUCCGACUCGGACACAGAGGAGUACCGGCGGGCCAGGGGGCGCGUCAACCUGGUGACGGGCCGCGUGGAGGAGGAGCAGCCCGACCCCAUGGCCGGCAUGACGGAGGAGGAGAAGGAGGUGGAGGCCCGGCGCCUGGUGUCUCUGUUCAGCAGACUGUCACGAGAGAAUGUGAUCCAGCCGAUGGGCCUGAAUGCACAGGGCCACCUGACGCCCAUGGGUGCCCUCAUGAGCGAUCCAAUGGCAGAGGAGAACGAGGAGAAUGGGGCUGGAGGAGACGACCUGGAGGAGGUGGAGUAGAGAGAGAGGAGGAAGAGGAGAGGAGAAGAGAGAGAGGAGGAGGUGGAGAGGAGUAGCGAGAGA